AUGUUUGGACAAUCGAUUUUGGAGCGGAGUGCUCUGGUGGCUGCGGUCGUUCUCUCGGGCGUUCCCGCCACCAUCGCCCACUCUUGGGUCGAGCAACUGAACCGCAUUGCGCCAAACGGCACCAUGAUCGCACCCGAGGGAUACCAGCGCGGCUAUGUUGGGCGUGGUGACCCAGGCUUCAAGGGAGACGUCUCAGAUGAUCUGUGGCAGAUCCCUCCCAACGACCGGGCGGAGGGUGCUGUCAUUUAUCCCACAGACCUGCUAUGCGCCCCCCAGCAAAAGAUCGGCACAUACACCAACUCCAAGUACCCGAAGCUGGUGACCGCACCAGGCGACUACGUUGCCCUGCGCCACCAGGAGAACGGCCACGUUACGCUCCCAGCAACCCAGGAGAACAAGCCCCGCAACCGUGGAACCAUCUACAUCUACGGCACGGAGAAGCCCGGUGCCAACGACACGCUGAUGUCCAUCCACAACGUCUGGAACGCGGAUGGCACCGGCGGCGACGGCCGGGGCCGUCUCCUUGCAACUCGCAACUACGAUGACGGCCAGUGCUACCAGCUCAACGGCGGUGAUAUCUCCACCUCGCGCACGAAACAAUUCUCCAAGGAGGCUUCGAACCCCCAGGGCCAAGACCUGUGGUGCCAGUCUGACCUUCAGCUCCCCUCCGACCUCACCGUCGGCGCCGACUACACCCUGUACUGGGUCUGGGACUGGCCCACGCUCUCCAAGGCCAACGCCAUGGUCGGGGACGACGGCGUCGAGGUCACCAAGCCAGAGACAUACACCUCAUGCAUGGAUCUGGAGAUCGUCGACCCCUGCGCAGACGACCUUGGCGACGUGAAGUCCCCAGCCUGCAGCAGCGGCAGCAACGCCAAGACGAAGACCAAGAUCGCCAACACAUUCUCCAAGGGCCAGUCUUACGACAGCGCCGCCGUGCCCCAGGAGCUCACCGGUAACUUCGCCGUCGGCGUCGACGGUGCCAACGCCGACUCGGGCUCCAACACCGGCAUGUCCGCGCCCCCAGACCUGGCGAGCGGCAGCGGUAGCGGCGAUUCCUCCACCACGGGCGGUGCUUCUUCUGGCGGCGCGGCUGCAUCAGGCCGCCCAGCUGCCUCAGGCGGCGCGGGCGUCGCAAGCCCUUCAGCCUCAACCUUCGCCACCGUCACAACCCCGGCGCCGACCUCAGCUGCAACCAGCGCGGCGGCCGCCGACGGCGCUACCGUCACAGAGCUCAGCACCGUCACCGUCACUGAGGGUGUGACCACCGUCACCGUGACCGCGUCUGCAGGAGUAGACGCUGCUGCCGGCGUGGUCAGUGAGGACAGCACGGGUGGGCUCUCGAUCCCCACGCCGGGUGUCGCGCCAGCCGUCCAGCCCUUCACCAGGAGGAAGCGGUCCCGCAUCGAGCGCAACCUCUCAUAA